AUGACACCACCUAUAUACAACCACGAGCGGCCUUGGAUCGUGCUCAUCGGCGGAGGUCACUGUGCCGGUAAAACCUCAGUCGCAAAAGAAAUCCGCCGCAGACUCACCGACAUGUCGACAACACGGCUGCCACUAGAUGUUCAUAUAGUUUCGCUCGCCGACUAUGAGAGAGAAAGAGACCCAGACGCGCACUCCUUUGAUCUGAAUUCCAUCAGAGCAGCUCUCUAUGAAGCAGGCCCAGAUUCUCGAAACAUACAAGAGUAUCGGGAAAACCAAGUAGACGAUAUUAAUAAGAGCCCUUACACACCCAAGCGGUUUGAUUUUGGGCGGCUGUUGCGCGAUCUAAAGAACAAAAGGGGUGGUUUUUCUGGAACCAAACGUGGAGCUAGUUUAAGCAGCGGGACCAAGCAGUUUAGGGGGUGCACGAUUGUGCCACCGACUGUAGUAAUUGUAGAAGGACUGUACGCGCUGUAUAACGCCGAGGUACGCGCAGAAGCGGCUGUCAAGAUAUUUGUGGAUCUGGAUGGUGAUGUACGGUUAGGACGAUGGAUUUUACGAGACGCGCCAAACGAGACAGGCGUGUUUAUUGCAAUCUGCAACGAGUACAUUAACUGGUGCCGUCCAGAGAUGGAACGAUACAUCUACUCCACCAAGGACGCCGCAGAUGUGAUUUUGCCACAGGGAAAUGAGACUGAGAGCGUCAAACUAGUGGCCAAUGGAAUCUAUGACCGUGUGUACAAGGAGUUUGUGGAGUUUUUGGCCGAAGAGCGAGGCGGAAAAAUGGCCGGAAUAGAGAGUGAUGAAUUCCUGUCACCGGUUGUUACCAGCAUCGUGCGCAAUGAGGCUGUCCCGAUGCUGAGCCUGGCAGAAGAGGCCGGUGCCGACCAGCAGUUUUACGAUGUUAACUGA